UUAGACUGUAGAGAAUAGGAUAAACCUCUGUUGCUGGUUUGAGAGAAGAAGAAGAAGAAAUGCAAUAUGCGGCGACAAGUUGGCCGGCGAUUCAGCUGUUGCCAACGGUCAGGGCGUCGUCAAAUGAACAGCGUACGAUAAUUUCAGAUGGUCGAAGCAGUAAUCAGUCAUUGAAUCGACCUGACGACAACGACGACAACAGCGGCGGCGGGGUUUCACCGGCCACGUUUCAAUCUCUCUCCCAUUACCAUCUCAAAUCCAUCACAAGUCCGUCUAAUUCUUUUGUCAAGCACUGUCUAAAGCUUCGCCUCAGCGCUUCUUAUCGACAUUCUCAUCGAUCCGUCCUCGUCGUCGGCACCACCCCCAUAAGAGAAAUAUGCAGAUUUUGGGAUUCAUCUGAGAAGAAGCCAAAUUCUCCAAUUGGUUGUUUACUUCUACAUGAUAAAGCUGAUAUACCAACUGAGCUAGCUGCUGCUGAUAAUCUGACUAAUAUUGUUUAUGUAAAUUCGCUGGUGAUGAAGAAGCUGUCUGGUCUGCAAUCUACUGAUUCUGUGGAAGCAAUUUCUUUGAUGAGAAUUCCUUCAUCUUUUCUAAAUUUAGAGGAUAAGCAAGUAACAGAUUGUCGCAGAUGGUUUCCAUCUGCCCAUCGAAUUCUAGUCCUCGAAGGAGUUCAGGACCCUGGCAAUCUGGGCACAUUAGUUAGAUCUGCUUUGGCAUUUGGAUGGAAUGGUAUCUUCCUGCUUCCUGGAUGUUGCGACCCAUUUAACGACAAGGCACUUAGAGCCAGCCGAGGAGCUUCUUUCCAGAUUCCUAUAGUUUCUGGAGGAUGGAAUCAUCUAGAAGCAUUCAGACGAGAAUUUCAGACGAAAAUCUUAGCUGGGCAUCCAGGAACUGCCCACAAAUCAAAACCAGUGUGUGUACUUUCACAGGAAGUUGCAGAUUCUCUUGUAAACACGCCAUUGUGCUUGGUUUUGGGCAGUGAGGGUAUCGGCCUUUCAGACAAGACCAAACGGGACUGCCAACUUGUAUGCAUUCCGAUGCAGGGAGAAUUUGAGUCUCUCAAUGUUUCAGUUGCUGGAGGGAUUUUCUUGUACAUGCUACAACAACAUAGUAAGACAUUAUUGUAGAAACCUAUUUGUUUAUAAAAUGUAGACAACCUCGGAUGUUUCAAGCUCAAAUUAGAACAGGAGGAAUAUCUGAGCCAAAGAGAAUAGCUAAUUUAAGAUUGAGCCAAAAAUAGCUUCUUUCUAGUCUUUUAACACAACUACAAGUUUCAACAAAAGAUUUCAUUCAUUUCCCUCUUUUCA